AUGACUAAUAAUAUGAGGUUCGUUCCGCUAUCAUCACGACCCUCGGAUGCUUCUACGGAUGAAACUUAUGAGGGAUGUUUCAGAGAAGACCCAUCUCAACGAGAGUUUAUUGUUGCCGGUGGUGACCAUGACUUCAACAAUGUCAACCCCAAACUUUGCAAAGCAUUAUGCAAGUCUAUGGAUUACCCUCACGCAGCCUUGCAACGAGGGUACAUGUGUUUAUGUGGAGAGACUAUUGGUAGUCACAGUAACGGGUCCCAGUUUGGGUGUUACUUAAGAUGUGCUGGAAGUCCAACUGAUUUCUGUGGAGGAAUGGACUUUAGUAGUGUGUACAGUACUUCAACAUCAGUCAAAAGUGUUGUUCUUGUGGAUCCAGGUUACAUUGUAGUCUUCAAGGAAGCAGUAAUAGAGAUGACACUAGAGGCUGGUUCAGACACUGCAGUCUAUAGCUUUGACUUUGGUGAUUCUACCGGUAUCGCAGACUGGACACCCGGACCUCAACCUCAUGUCUUCUCAGAUGUUGGGGUGUAUCUCGUCAAGGUGUGGGUCAAGAAUGAUGCAUCUGGAGAUCUAGAAGCAAGAAAAGAAGUCUACAUAGAAGCUCCUAUAUCAGAUCUGAGGACGGUAUGCAACUCUUUCAUUGAGGUUGACUUUCCAUUUGAAUGCGUAGGCCGUGUUGGACAAGGAAAUAACAUGGAUGUAACAUGGAACUUUAACGAUGGUUCAACUGAAGUGAAUAUGAAAGUUGCAGAUGCCCAGCGUUUCUCAGUAGGAUCACGAAUCCCAAGACGUCUUGACAACAUUGAACCUGCGUUAAACCUUCAAGGUGUGUAUCUAAUCCCAGCAUUGGAGUUCAUCCAGGAGGCUAAGCUAGAAGCAUGGGAGGUGUUUGCUGUCAAAGAAGGAAGAAUUAAACUACAGGUUUACAGACCGCUGUGCAAUGAGAAUGAGAAGUAUUGUCCAUACAACAGAACCUGUAUCAAUAAGUACUUCCCAUGUCCGCCUGUCACUGAAUCUCCAUGUAAGGAUAACUACACAGCGUUCUGCUUGGAGUCAGCGUCAUGCCAACCUUUUCAUACAACAUACUACUUGGCAGAAUCCAAUUCAACAUUCACCAUUGCACCAUGUGAGAAUCAGACACAAAAUGUAAAGAGUAAUAACGUAACCAUAAACGGAAACACAAAUGGGACCACAAAUGGAACCAUAAAUGGAACCAUUUAUUCCGAUGGUCAAAUCAAGAUGUGCAACUAUUCGGAACCAUUUGUGAGAAUGCCUCAACACUUCUUUGGGUCGUGUUCAUUGGAAAGUAAGCAAAGAACAAUGAGGAUUCCUUAUGGUGUCAUUGGGCAGACCAUAGUGUAUCUUCAAGAAGGUUAUAACAUCUUCACUGUCAAUGAAACGGAUCGCUUCACAGUCCAGCCUCAUGAUUGGGUGGGGUUCGGACCCUACCAGCAGAAGUUCCCUGACUAUUAUCGGCAAGCAGCCUACCCACUAGUUGGAGAGGUUGCACAUUUUUUAACUGAUAAUGAAACAGUGUUCUUUAAGGAGCAAGAUCUCCUUUCCCCAGAGCGAGAUGUAAGACGUGAAGAUGCGGACCGGAUGGAUAUCAGUUUUUACAUCAGAGCACAUGUCUCUAAACCAUCAAUGACUUGGGUAUCACAUAGUUACAGCAGCUCGGGGAUGUUUGAGAUUAACACCAAGUACAAUAACUUACUUGGGAAGGAGGUUGAAGCAUUACCUCAAUGGAUUGCAUCCCAGUAUAGAAUACUCACCAUACAAGGUCUUCAAUUCACUCGUAAUCUUGGUAUCUACUACGCAUGCAAUGAUGAAGCCUACCCAAUGUAUGUUGAGAUAACUCAAGGUACAUACGUAAGAUUCAUUUGGACCUUUCCUGACGGCUCGAUGAAUACGAGUCUUCCGUUCUUAACAAAUGAUAUCACGGAUGGACCUGAUGUGAAGACAACCGAUACCCAGAGUUAUCUCUUCUUAGUUAUUGGUAACUAUACAACUCAUGUCAAAGCUUAUAACAAUGUGAGCUCUGUAGACAUCAUCUUAUCAAUUAUCUCUAGGUAUAGAAUCACUGGACUCAAUGGUACGAUUGAGCUGUAUCCUGGAGAUAACACGACCAGUGAAUGGAAUACCAUUCUAUCAGGUUGUUGGUUUAAUUACAGUUCAUUCAUAAUGAGCGGUAACGUCGUUAAAUACCAGUGGGAUCAUGGUGACGGAUCAACAUCGGGAGAUUGGAGUUUUGACACGACUCAUGAUCAUUUCUACCUUGAUCCUGGCAUCUACACUGUACUCAUUAAAUCAGACAAUAUAGCAAGUACUUUAGAUCAUACCUUUGAUGUAACGACAGUGAAACCUAACUACGUCCAAUGCCAAGAAUACACAACUAGUGAGAUACAAACGCUGUUCUUCUGUGAGGUUACUUGGCAUACUGGAAAAGGUUUAAUCUUCAAUUGGGAUUUUGGUGAUGGAGCCUCAGCCACUAUUGAAAACACAGGUUAUAUCUGGCAUAAUUAUUCCACCUUCAAUACCUACGAUGUAGAGUGUACUAUUAGUAACUACCCAGCUGUAUCAGAUAUUCAAUCAAUUAUUGUCCAAGACCCAGUGGAGGGAGUCGUACUUCACAACAAGACUGACGUCCAAGCAACAGGAGAUACUGUACAGUACACUGUAACAUGGACUAGAGGUAAUGACGUCCAUUUUGAUUGGUAUUUCGGUGAUGAUGGUGAAGACACAACCUCAGCACCCUCAGUAGAAUAUAUCUACACUAGGAUCGGUUACUAUAACGUUACCGUUAAUGUAUCUAACAUGGUCUCAUGGAUGCUAUCCGAUCCUAUCAUAGUAGAGAUUCAAGAGAGAGUAACAGACGUCGAGGCAGUAGCUCAAGAUAAUCUCAUUUACACCCCAGUCUUGAUUACUGCAAUCAUCGCUACCGGGAACAAAGUUUGGUAUGACUACGUAUUCGGAGAUUCCUCAAACGUAACUCACCUCCUCAACUCGAGCUUCAUUCACACCUUCAUCCUCCCGGAAACAUACAUCGUCACAAUCCGAGCCUACAAUAACGUCAGUGAUGAAUCAGCUACAACCUCCAUCCAAAUCGAUGCUAGCAUCAGUAGUACAGAUCUGUUUCUCACCACUCCUCAUAUCAGAGCUAAUGUAUUAGAAGCAAGGUGUGUUGCUAAUAAUGGUAGUAACGUACUCAUGACGUUUGACUGGGGUGAUGGUACGGUAUCCAGCAAGUAUAAUGCAGCCUUCUUCGACAUUGGAUCUGACUACACUGAUUCCCAUACCUACCAAUCUGAAGGAACCUUCAACGUUACCUGCUUUGCUGAGAAUCCUUGGGCUAGUGGAUUCAUAUUCCGUCAAGUCAUUAUUCAAGAGGAAAUUGUAGCUCUACUAUUCCAACCCGAGGUCUGUGUUAAAGGUAAAAUCUUUGACUUUGUGGUGCCUCCGUUUGUUGGUGAUAGCCGAGAUGUUUUAUUAUUCUGGGAUUAUGAUGAUGGUAUGCAGUUUACUACAGACGCUUUUACUCAUCAGUAUGUAUACAGAGACGCAGGACAUUAUGAGGUGCGUGUACGUGCCCGGAAUCUUGUGAGUGAGUUCAGCAUAAUGCAGUUAUUUUAUGUCCAAGAGCAUGUAGUAGGUCUGAUGCUGCUAGCCGAUGUAUACCCCGUCAUCCCAUCACAACCCAUCCUCUUAGCUUGGGAGAUAACCUACGGCACUGAAGUCGUCUUUACCAUCGAUCUAGGAGAUGGCACAGAGCAGAUAUUUGAGCAGAAGGAUGUUGGUAAAGUGUGGUCUUUACAAUACAUCUACAGUGGUCCAGGGUCUUAUGAUAUCACAGUUACAGCGUCUAAUAAACUCAACUCAUUAACAGUUUCAACAAUUGCUCAUGUUGAGUACGCUAUAGAGGGACUCCGAGCGUAUAUCCGUGGCAAUAAAACAACCCACACCGAUCAAUCGGCAUUUAUCCUUAUCGAGAUUCAGCAAGGGACCAAUGUUGAGUAUACAUGUGAUUACCACGAUGGUUCCCAUCCAAUAGUCACCACUAAACUGUACUGCAAACACAUGUUCAUUGAUAUCGGUUACCAUCUUGUGACCGUCAUGGCAACUAACCAUCUUAGUAAUGCUCUCGUUCAAGCCAACGAUACCUACAAUGUCCUCCUACCUCCUACUCCUCAUCAGAUUAAAGGACUGGCUGUCGGAGCUCCCCAAGCCGCUAUUCAGGAUCAGAUGACCGUCUUUAGACUAAACCGUUUCCGUGGUAACCGUUUUAACUGCACUUGGGAUUUUGGAGAUAAUUCCACCAUUUUGAAACUUGAUCAGUAUUUUGUUUACAUUCCCAUCAAUCACACCUAUAGUCAGAUUGGUGAAUAUGUGAUACAACUGAACUGUACAAACUUCUUUCAUCCUGAAGUCUUCGCAAGCAAAGUUGUAAUCGUUCAGGUACCUGCUAGUGGUCUUAAUAUAACAAGUAGGAAGAUAGGCCAGUAUGGUUUGGAUCUUAUUGUGAAUAUAAGUCUCAUCAACGGCACUGAUGUUGAGUCAGUAUUAGAACUCAACAGUAGAAACUACACCUUUGUUAUGAAUGGAUCAUUUGGCCAAGCCAUUAUACCAGGAGGAUACAUCAAUGAAUCAGGCUGGCAGAAUGUGAGCAUUACAGCCAGGAAUCUCAUACCUCCUGUACUAACUCUACAUGAUCAGAUCUAUAUAGAAGCUGAAAUCUCAGGUAUUGAAGUCUGGGCUAAGACACCAUUUGUUGCUUUAGGAGAACCCGUCACAUUAUAUGUGUCAAUAGCCACUGGGACUAAUGUUCUCUUAGAAUGGCAUUUUGGAACUAAUUUUGUCAUCACAUCGACGCUGAAUGCAACAACAACAAAGAAGACAGACACCAAGCAGCAUCUGUAUCCAGCCUUGGGUCUUUAUGCUGCUUUUGUCGUUGCUAGUAAUGAAAUCGGCAUAAUGACGCAUACACCACUUCUCAUUGCUGUUGAGGAUAAAGUAUGGGGGUUUAGUUUGACCACCGAUACGCCGGUAAGAUACCCCGAUGGUAACAUUACAUUCAAUCUCUACUGGGAUACCCGGGUUCAAAAACUACCCACUAACGCCAGUAUUACAUUUGACUUUGGUGAAUGGUUAAACCCUCUCCUUACAAUAGAUCUAGGAAGUCUUGACAUCAUCAAUUGGAUUGAGUACAAUCUUACAAGAGGAAGCAACUGUGAUAGCCCAGAGGAGAGCAUCAACAACCCUUUGUGUAGCGCCAAUUUUACAGAUGCUUUUGUAGAUGGUCCGAUUGUUAAUUUCCUAACCCUCACCCAUACCUAUUCCCCUGGUAUGUACCCGGCUGUUGUAACGGUUCACAACCUUGUUAGCCAGCAAGUGUUUACAGUUAAAGUCCAAACUGAAGUUCCAAUCUUCAAUUGUUCCAUAACAUCUCACAAUGUUGACCGACCCGGAGUGAAAUAUGGCACACCUGGUGGAGGCCCAAAUCAAAACUACUUCCCAGUUGAGUAUCCUGUUCAUCUAAUGGCUCAUGUCACGGAAGGUACUGCUAUGAAGUAUAUAUGGCGAUUCGGUGAUGGUGUAGUCGAGUCAAGUUCAGAUGCACACAUUGCGCAUCUAUACACUGAUUCAACCACUUUCAGCAUACGUCUACUCACCAUGAACAUCUUUAACUUUGAGGAUUCGUCAGCCACUCUGAUUCUGCAGGAGAGUGUGAUUGGGUUGUUUGCCGCUCACUCUGGCCCUGUAGCACAAUUUGAGUUAAUCACAUUGAUUGUUUUUGCUGCUCAGCCUGGGACACAAGUAACUUACACAGUACAAGUUGGAAACUACAGCAAUGUGUUAACGACACCAGUCAUUGAUGAAGAUGCUGUUAAAUCGGCUUUAGCUCUAAUGAAUCCUAACAUCUUUCUUCCGUUUGAUCCGUACACUCAUGCAGUCACUAUGUAUAAUCUCACCUUUAAUGCAUCUGGAGACCAUGAGGUUGUGAUAACAGGUUCAAACUAUGCCUCGUCCCUCAGCGUUACGACUCUCCUUCCCAUUACUGAUGAUCCAUGUAGACUACCUCAUGUUGUAAUCCAUGGAGGGAGUAAGAAUAUUUCAAACCCUUGGCGAGUCAAAUGCAACCAGCUCAUCAUCCUGGUUUCAGAAGUCACAUUAGACUGCGCGUCCACCACGAGGGCGCUGUUCCAGUGGGAUGUAUACGUUGUCUCAUACUUUAAUGAUAAACCUCUUCCUGCUAACCAGCUAUUUGGAUACGGGUUAUCAGCUAGUGUCAAAGCAACCAAUGCUGAUUUGGUUAUACCACGACGUACUCUAGAUUACAACACUUACCUCCUACAGUUGACCGUCACUAUGGACAACGAUGCCAAAGUCCUGAAUAAGAAUCAGACCUUCAUAGAGGUCAUGCCCUCUGACCUUGUAAUUAGCAUAAUCGGAGGUAGUGCUGUGACCAUAAGCUGGAAUGAAAGUAUCUCAUUAGAUGCGUCCAAGUCCUUUGACCCUGAUGAGAUGACCUUGAAGGAUAGGCUAGCAUCUGGAAACCAAACUACUCCGCUCCAUAAGAAUGAUCCCAUAAUAUUCUCUUGGUACUGCAGACUUCAAGACGAGAUAUUCCAGUUUGAAGAAGGAUUUAUUGCUCCUAACCCAGACAAUCCCGGUUGUCUUGGUCAUGGUCCUGAUGUAACCAUAGCAACAGGGACUUCAUCUUAUAACAUCCCAUUGGAGAAUCUUACAAGGAGUAGUCAGUAUGUGUUUGGUGUUGUAGGUAGCAAGGAGGGACGAGAUGCUCAAUACUUCAUUCAGACUGUUAGAGUCAUCCACAGUGAGCCUCCAAAACUUCAAAUCAGAUGUAUCCGUAACUGUGGAUAUAAAAUAAAUCCUCAGAAACGAUUAGCCUUAGAAGUGGAAUGCGUUCAAUGCUGGAAUACUACUGAAGAGUUGGACUAUACAUGGAAUGUGACAAGUCUAGGAUCUGAUCAGAAUGGAUUUCAGCAGGAUGUAGAAACAGUCACUGGAAGCAGAGGUCCGUACUUCAUCUUGAGACCACCUUUCUUUCUCCUUCAUCAAGCCUCAAGAUUCUCAGCAGGAAUAACCGUCUAUAACCGUCAAUUACAGUCAUUUGGUUACUCAGAAUACCAGUAUGUGAUUGGAGAAGUACCUAAUAGAGGGAGCUGUAGCAUUACACCAGCUGAAGGUGUAGCUCUUGGUACACAGUUUGUCAUCACAUGUACAGGUUUUCACUCCAAUGAGUUACCUCUUCAUCAUGAGUUUCUAUACAGUACUGGAAAUGAAGAUGUAACUAAAGUGACUGGAGCUGAGACUACACCUGAUGAGAUGUUUACAUUACUAUACUACAGCCCAGAGGGUGUGACUCCGCCCAUGACCUUACCGAUGGGUGUGGCUAGUAAAUCCUACAUGGUAGAGAUUCAUAUUGAAGUGACGGAUUCAUUGGGUAUCGGUGUACAUCAACGACUUCAAGUCAAAGUACUACCUCCAGAUGAUAGUAAGCUAACUACAGAGCUAACUGCUCUGAGCGAAGGUUCUACAUCGACACUCGAUCUAUAUCUUGAGAAGGGAGACACCCAGUCUGCUACUAAGCUCAUGAAUACUUUAGCUUCAGUUCUUAAUGAGAACACUGAGGCACAGUCAGGAGGAUCAGGACUAGAUGAUGAAGAUGUAACCCAAGAUGCAGAUUGGGUACUACAAAAGAAACACGUGCGAUUCAAACUAGUGGAGAAGCUGUCUGAUAUAAAGAUACUUAACUUGGAUAUAACUAAACAAACAUCAGCUGCUAUGACUCGAGCAAUCUAUAACCCAGAUGAAAUCUCAUUAGAUACUCAGAUUUUAGCAGCGGAUUCGUACUUGAGUAUGAUUGAUAUCUUAAAGGAUGAAUCAAGAGAAGGAACCGGUAUUGAUGUUAUUGAAGACACUUCAAGAAACUUCUACUCAGGAGCGUCAAGUUUGCUUCAAGCAGCAGCAAGGCAAGUACAAACCUUCUAUAAGGAACUAGAAGGUGAUCCUAAAGACUGGGAUAACUUCUGGUACUCUGAAGGAGCUUCUUUUAGUCAUGUGACCUACCCAGAGACUGUAGCUCUGACACUUAGCAAGAGCUCAGAUACAGACGUUGAUUUGAGUGUACCAGAUAUUGAUAUUAUAGAGCAGGAACCAUGGGUGCCGUAUCAACUCCAAACGAGCCGUAAUGUAACCAAGAAAGUCUUUGCCAUAAUUGAUGAAGUGUCUACUACCAUCUUAAGGGCUAAGGUUCCUGGUGAGCUGCCUACGACGAUUCAUACAGAUGCUAUACUCCUUAUGCUUCAACGAGAAAACCUUAGAGACCUCAGCGUAAGAUUCUACCACGUUGAAGACGGUGCUUGGUUUAAGAUACCAUCAGAAGCUAUGGCUGAGAUUGCUGGGUCUUAUGGUCAAGAUGACAUCAGUACACAGGUUUUAAGUUUGUCCAAGAACCCUUACUCCUGGCAUCUAAGUGCAUCUGAAAUCAAGACGUCUGUAAUUGGUCUUAGUCUUAAAGAUGACAAUGGUGAGGAGUUGAUCGUGACUGACCUUUCCUCUAAGAUUGAGAUGUUAAUUCCAAGAGGUGGUGAUAGCUCCAUCCAGUUUGAUUCCAUGAAAGCAUCUAACAUCAAACUUCUCUACAUUCAUUUCAAUGUGACUGAGACUCAUAGUUCCAUUCAUAUUGAUAUCUAUCCUGAUGAGACACUUCAAGAUGUUCCUCUAGAUGCGUUCAUCCGCUAUGGUUUCUACCCUACAUUGGAGGAAUAUGAUCUUAAGAUCACCCUACCCAUCCCAAAGGAACAUCUCUACUCAUCAAUCUUCAACCAAACCCAAAACCUAACAACGAACCCUUAUACAUGGUUCAUUCCUGAGAACAUGCUGUAUGCUGUUGGGGCGUAUUACUUGGGUGUGAGACCUCUAACUGGAGAUGAAGAGGAACGCAGAUCUCAAGGAGGUGGGAAUAAGACUGAUUUAGAGGUUGAGGAGAUUGAAGUAGACAUGAAUGUCAAGAUUUAUACGGCAAGAUGUUUGUACUGGUCAACUGUGUAUGAGCAAUGGUUUCCACAUGGAUGUGAGGUUGGAAGCCUUACUACUGCAUCCUUCACUCACUGUCUUUGCAAUCAUCUAUCAUCAUUCGGAGGAUCUUUCUUUGUUCCUCCAAACCGCCAAGUAUUCAUCCCAGAAGAACAAGUGGAAGUAAUUGACCACACUACAACAUUCAUGAUCUUAUAUGUGAUGGGCGUGGCAUUGGGCGUGUUUCUUAUGGUUCUAGGGUGUGGUCUAGUAGCUGAUUGGAGGUUCUCUAAAAAGCUUUAUGGUGACAUGGAAUUAAAGAAAUGUAGUUACAUUGUGACAUUCUUCACUGGGAUGGAUCUAAACUCAGGAACUACAGCAAAAGUGUAUUGUUGUCUGCAUAGUUCUUCCAUGACUACAGAACCAAUCCAGCUGAAGAAUCCAGAUCAUAUUGCCUUCAAAGGUAGCUGCGUGGAUUCCUUCCUAAUGACUACAAGGACAGAGUUGGGCAAGGUGGAUAGUGUGACUGUAUGGCAUGAUGACCAGGGUUACAGUCCACAAUGGCACCUCAGUCGCAUCUUGGUUCAAAAUGACGUAAGAGGAGAGAGGUUGUACUUUCUCUGCAAUCACGUCUUAGCAUCCUCCAACACUCCAGUAAUAUUCUACCCUGCAUCUCCUGCUCAACUAAACCAAAAACUUCACCUGUUUGAAACUGAACCAAGUUACAGACCUCUGGUGAAACAUUUCCCACUUUGGAAUAUAAUCUCAAGAUCAAUCUUCUCUCAGUUCACACAUACCCAAAGAGUAGCUUCAUUCUUUACUCCAUUUUUCUUGUCUACGUUGACUGUCACUCUCCUGAAGUGGCUUCAAGGUACGUCAAAUGAAGGAAGUGUAUCCCUAAACUUGGACAUGAGUAAUAUUAUGAUUGGAAUAGAAGCUGGGGCAGUGGCUCUUCUUGUCUACUACCUCCUAGUCUAUGUCUUCAGUGUCUGCAGGCGUCGACCAACUGGUAACAAGACAGCUUCCAAGAGAAGUAAGGAAUCAUCUGUGACUACCUCUGACGCUGUCAAUGUGAAGAAACAAAAAAGUAGACGGUUUCGGCUGGCAAAGAAAACAAGGUCACUUGAAGAAGUCAAAGUUGACAUUCCUGUCAAAGUUGACAAACAAGUUCAAGACCUUGGUGCGUUGUCGAUGAAGAGUAGAAGUUCAGAUAAGAUGGUGACCGAAGCUGGCUCAGCUCUUGCUGCUGCAGUAGGCAUUCCAAGAAUAAUGUCCUCAUCUAGUUGGGAAUCUGAAGAUUGGUCUGAUUAUGAUGAUACUUUUGAAGAUGCUCCUUCUCCUCAUAACAUCAAUCAGAAUGCUAACUGGCCAUCUUGGGAAGAGUACAUGAAAGACACAAACCAAAACCAGAAUGCUAAUCCUGAAGGAGAUUCAGAUGCAGGAACUCUGCAGUUUGCCUGCAAGACAAACAGUGGUCAUUCAAGAUGGUCUCUAUCUAGACAUGGAAAAAGCACAAGCCCAAAGGAUUCCCAAGAUGGUGACCACAAUGAGCCUACCAAACUUCAUAAACGGGGACAUGGGGGAGGGAACGGGCAGCAUUUGUUAGUGGGUAAAAACCCUAAUAUAAAUCAAAAUGCCCAAACUGGUACCCCAAGCCCAGGCAGCAGUCUAAAGAAACCCGCUCAAACUCUUGGUAGAGCUGAUGAACACAAAAGACAAAGUCACUCUCAAAAACCUGGUUUCUCCAAGAGGGUGUUCAACCAGCCUGAGGAUGAGUCUCAAGGAGAAAGGAAGUCGACUUGCUGCAGACAACGGACAAACAGACAGUACUGCCUCCCUUGGUGGUCCUCUAUUAUCAUCUGGUUUAUAAUGUUACUAUCAAUUAGUGGAUCAGUUGCUCUAACAGUCUAUCUAACCAUGGACUACACCCUUGGGAAGGCCAUCAACUGGCUUCUACCUGUCAUGAUCGCCUUUGCACAAAAUCUGUUCCUGAUUCAACCCAUUCUUGCAUUUCUUAGUGCCAUUUUUGAAUCCUUUGUUAAACGGGACUGUUUGACGAGAGCAUCUAUUGCAUAUGAAGCAACAACAUCUAGCUUUAAACGUAAAACUAGUCCUUACAUCAAAAUGGAGAAGAAUGACAUUCAACAAAAUACAAGUCGUAUAAUGAGAAGUCAUCAGCUAGGCAAACACCAAGAGUCUUCAGGAGCUCGCAGCAACAUCAAGAAAGCUAUUAAGAAACAUGCUGGUAUGCUGUUCUUGGCACUGGUAGUCUUCUUAGCACAUGGGAAGAGAGAUGUCAGUCACUUCUACAUGACGUCUACAACUAAAGAUAUGUUCAUCAAUGGUGCCCAGAGAAGGACUAUGUCUUUUAUUAAGGUACACACUGCUGAUCAGUUCUGGCAAUGGUCAAAUGAAACCUUCCUGCCUGGACUAGCACCAAUCAUGACCGCUGAGAGGAAUUAUCAAUAUCUACAGCUGAUUGGGACUCCUAGACUAAGACAGCUUAGAGUUAAUCAGACUGUGGCAGAUACCUGUCGAGACACCAUAAUUGGAGACGUUCCCCUAAGCUCCUGGCCUCCAUGCAGCUCUUCCUACACCCCUCUCAAUGAAGACACAUCACAAUACCUCAACUCCUGGCAACUGACUAGUCCAGACAUCUCCCCUGCUCUUCAGCCAUCUGGUUACCGCUUCUACACAUCCGAAGAGCUACUGGGUGCACCUUAUGUUGGUAAGUAUGCCACCUAUCACGGUGGUGGUUACACCGCUGAUCUGGUUAGAGAUUACCUCAAGGUCGUUGAGAUGUUUCAGUCUCUGGAAGCCAGCCAGUGGAUCGAUGAAUACACACGAGCAGUGUUUGUGGAGUUUUUACUUCUAAAUGUGCAGCUAAACCUGACGAGUGUUGUGAGACUUGUAUUGGAGGUCUUACCCACUGGUUAUCAAGAACCUGUUGUGUGUGUAGGGUUAGUCAAUGUUGGUGAGUCCUCAUAUUGGUUAGGGAUGAUGUAUCUUGGUGGUUUAGGACUCCUUGGUCUCUCAGUGUAUGCCAUGAUAUUUACUGAAGCUCACUGUAUGUUACGAUGGGGUCGGACUUACUAUACUUCUAUGAGACAUCUUGUUGGUUUCCUUAACUUCAUCGUUGGGCUGCUCACUGUUGCAUUGAUGGGUUACCAAUUAAUGACUACCAGUCAAGGAAUGGUAUCCAGUCCAUCAUUUGGAGCUUUUAUUACAGUUCAGUCGAUGCAGUAUUAUGUAACAACCCUUAGUGGUGUCUUAGUCUUCACAACGAUGAUGAAAGUACUCUUUCAACUUAAGUGUCAUCAACGGAUCUCUCUUCUUCUCUACUCCUGUGAGACAUCGUUCCAGCAAGUCUUGAAGUCUGUUGUGAUGUUCAUCGCUAUGUUGAUGACGUUUGUCUUCACAGGUUGGACUUUAUACAGUGGUCAUUUGGGAGAUUUCCAUAGCCUUCCAAGGAGUGCUGUUACCUUGAUUAACAUCUUCAUCGGUGGGUUAACUGUGGAGACGAAUCAACAGAGAACCUUCCCAGUCUUCAUUAUGGUCUUCUUGACAUUCUUUGGAUUUAGCGUCUUGCUCUUUAUUACCGUUAUCAUCCUUCAGACGUAUAAAUCAUCUCGCUUCUAUAAGAUAAUGUCUCAGUUUGUUAGUACAGGAUGCUUAACAAGAUAUGUCUGCAUUCUUAAACAUCGUCUUAUAGUGAAGAAGACACAUCGUAAAAUGGAGGUAAGGAGAUAUAUAAUCCUGCGACAGUCUCGGGCUUUGAGAAAUCGUCUGCCAGUUAUUCCUCCAAUGCUUGCCAUUAAACAAAUUGAAGAUCGAGUGGAGAGAUUGUUAGAGAGCGCAAAGUCUGACAAUGAGGUUUUGUUUAGUGAUACUAAGAUGCUGUCUAGAGUUAUUGUAAGAGAGUACAAUCUCCUUAAGGCACUGAAGAAAACAGGAUCUCUCAAGUAAAACACAUCCUUCUUAAGUAAAACACCUUCUCCCCACAGGGAACAAACAAUUAAUAUAAUUGUGUUUAGACUUUGAACAAUUUUGCUUGACCUAUUAUUCAUCAAUAAUUGUUUUUUCAACUUGAACAACAGUAUGAAAACAAAUAGAUGAAUACUUAAUUAACACCUCUUGCGUAUUAAAGCAAUCAAGAAACUAAUGCUGAUGUGUCCAGUAGGUGAUGUCUGACGUAUUGUUAGUUAUGUAUGUGCAAAGCGGUAUGUUCACAAUGACCUUACAAUGGUACAAGAUGAUACCAUUUGCAAUCGGUCAACCAAAUAUAUUUGUUUUACUAAACAUUUUAAAAACUUUUUGUAUGUCAAAGUUUGAAUUAGAUUGCCAUAUUCCUGUGGGAUUAUUUGAGCCUUCUGGAUUAGUUGUUAAAUUUUAGAAAAUGAUUCAAAGUUGACACCGUCUGAAACAUAAAUAGACUUUACAAAAUUUACAAAUAGAUUCCAUCUUGAUCCAUCUUAAAAUGUUGUUCAUUUGGUUAGGAAUCAGCUCUGCUGCCCUCUAUAAUUUGUCCUAUUCCAAACAAUCCAGGGAACAAUUUCACGGAUUAGCUUAAACAAAAUAUUGCUGAACAAGAAACCAGUC